AUGUUGUUGUUUUUGGGCCUUUUAGCUCAGGCUUCUGGGUUUGUAAUACCCGAUGCUUAUAGAGACGCUCAGAGUACGGGUUUAAAACGGAGAGAUGACGUGCCGACGCCACCAGAAGUUCUGCCAUACCCAGGACCUGCGGAAGAUGUUCCAUAUCCAGGUACUCCUGAUGGAUAUACUAAUCAGGAUGAUCAACUUGACAUUAACGUCAUGUUCAUCUACUUCGGUUCUAUGCUGGUCAUGUAUCUCUGUAUUUGCAUCAUUUAUUUCACAACAAAGAUAGUGGUUACUCGACUAUUAACGCGACAUGCAAGGAUAUCAUUGCUCAACGAAGAAGGUAUGGCAACUGGAUUAAGUGCAAGGAGCAGAAGAUUGGCAGAAAGUGCUGAAUCUAGGUGGCCUAGCGCUCUGGAUGAUGAAAAUGAGGUCAAGUCAAAGUUACAGAAACUAUCACCAGAGGAGCAGUUUUAUUAUAAGCAAGGUGAGGAGUACAUAAAGCAAAACCCACCCCUCAUCAUAAGUACUGGCUCCAGAAGUGGUGACCAGAAUACUGUCAAUGAUCCUAUCAUCAAUGAUCAAACUAGACAAUUUAUAGAGGAGGAAGGUGCAUUGGCUUGGGAAUUUCAGCCAAAUCCAAACUUACCAAAUGACACAAUAAUAGUGGAAAACAAGACAGAGAUUUCGUUUUUAAAUUACAACUACGACGCUUCAGUUACAACGAAUUUACCGAUACCUUGUAUUAACAGAGUCUAUUAUUGUGAAUUUAAAAUAUUUGAGUUGAGUAUUACGGAUGACCAAACAACAUUAAAGGACAACGAAAUUAUCUCAUUUGGAUUAAGCACUUCACCAUAUCCUUAUUUCAGAUUGCCAGGUAGACACCAUCAUUCAAUUGCGUACGAUUCUAAUGGUGCUCGAAGAUUUAAUGAUUCAUUUAAAUUGGAGCCAGAAUUGGCUGAUCUAUUUCCAAAGUGCCAAAAGGGUGAUAUUAUUGGGAUUGGUUAUAGAACUCGAAGUGGGACGGUAUUCUUUACUAGAAAUGGUAAAAAAAUUAGCGAGAAGUCGGUAGGUGGACAUAUAAAAGGCUGGAAAUUCAAAUACCUAUACCCAGUUGUAGGUGCUAACGUGCCAUGUAAAAUUCACGUUAAUUUUGGAUCCUACGGAUUUGUCUUCAUUGAGGCCAAUGUCAAGAAAUGGGGUUAUGCAAAGCCAAACGGUAUAAAACUCCCCCCUCCUUCAUAUGAUGAUUAUGUUCAAGAUACACUACUGGAAAGUGGUUAUGAAGAUAACGAUAAUUCAGACAAUGAUAGUGAUGAUGAAUCGGACACCGAUAACAGAAGACAACAUAGGAGUAUAAAGAAUACUAUUAUUGACAUAGAUGGUAAUCUGUUACCUCCUCCUCCAGGCUUUGAGUUCAGUACAUCACCACAUUCUCAUGGAACCAAUGAGGAAAUUAAUCUAGAUUCACUACCCAUGAAUCCUCCCAGCUAUUCUGAUGAAGAAUCCAAAAACCAAGUAAAAUCUAAAAUCACUCCAAGAGACUCUGUUGGAAGAAGUGAUGGUCUUACCCAAGAUGAGCAGGGCUCAAGAGAAGGGAAGAGUAUGAUGCUUAACGAUCUUGAGAAUGAUGGUCUCGAUGAUGAUGAAGAUGAUUACAUGGAAUCUGAUGAUGGUUAUGAACAUGACAUCGAUGAAUUGCAAGCAAUGAUUGAGAUGGAGGACGAUGACAGAAAUGAUAGCUCGUGA